AUGGACCGCGACUCUCUUGUGUUCCUAGCCAAGCUAGCCGAACAGGCUGAACGAUAUGAUGAGAUGGUGGACCACAUGAAGGCCGUGGCCAACAACCACAAUGUGGAACUCACGGUCGAAGAGCGUAACCUGUUGUCGGUCGCGUAUAAGAACGUAAUUGGUUCACGUCGUGCCUCGUGGCGUGUGAUCUCAUCUAUUGAGAACAAGGGCGAUUCUGAACGCAGUGAACACAUCAAGGCCUACCGUCAAAAGAUUGAAGGCGAGCUCGUGGAUAUUUGCAAUGACAUCCUAACGAUCAUCGAGAACAAUCUGAUUCCGAACUCAAGCAGUGAAGAAGGCAAGGUCUUUUACUACAAGAUGAAGGGUGACUACCACCGUUACUUGGCCGAGUUCCAGGUCGAUGACGAACGUAAGGAGUCUUCGGACAAGGCUCUGGAGAGUUACAAGCAGGCUUCGACCAUUGCUAUGGCGGAACUUCCGCCGACGCACCCGAUCCGAUUGGGUUUGGCGUUGAAUUUCUCGGUGUUCUACUAUGAGAUUUUGAACUCGCCUGACCGUGCGUGCAACUUGGCCAAGCAGGCCUUUGACGAUGCUAUUGCUGAGCUUGACACACUCUCGGAGGAGAGCUACAAGGAUAGCACUUUGAUCAUGCAGCUGCUGCGUGACAACUUGACACUCUGGACCUCAGAUCAGGAACCUGACAAUGCUGAUGCCAACCAGGGAGACAUGAAUGUGCAGGACGUGGAGUAA